AUGGCCGCCAACCCAAAGACCCAAGACUCAACGCCGCCCUUGGUUCCUGCGGCAUUUCUCCUACCUGCCACCGGAUCCCUUGAGAUUGACACCAACAGCGGCAUGACUGAUCAGGCUGCGGAAAGUCGAAAGCCCUCAUCCGCCGCAACACCUGGAUGCGACUCCUAUGGCCUGCCCAGCAUUGCGACGGCGACGCUAGCUGAGUUAAAAGCAUUUCAUGCAAUAUUCAGCCGCAACCGCAACAACCAACAAAAAGACCUGGACGAGCUCAAUACCCGCGGCUUGACUCCCAUGGCGCCUCAGGCCUUGGAGGUUCAAUUCCGCCACCUCCGAGUCAUUACCACUUUCUGCAAGCGUCUCGAGGAGCGGAUUGCGGCUUGCGAAAAACUGGGUCAGGUUGAAGGGAUUGAGGUGAUUGAUCUCACCCAGGAAGAGGAGGAGGAGGCCUCAACCCCCUUGCGCCGAAACAGACGGCAACCACAUGAUCCGUUGGCCCCACAACCAAGCAGGCUAGCCCUCAAGCAAACAAGAACAACCGCUCAAACCCCUGUCAGACCCGGAAGUCUGGUUCGAACCCACCCGCUUGCACGGAAGUCUGCUUCGGACUCAUCAGACGACGUUUGCGGUGGUGAGGAUGUUCUCUUUCACUCGCCAUCUUCACCGGAGUCAGGCAAGCAUGCAGCUCUGCCGUCCAAGCCAGCAAGCCCCGCUCUUGCUGCAUCACCGUCCAACCCGACCAGUCCUGUUCCUGCGUCUCCGCCGUCCAAGCCCGCAAGCCCGGCUCGUGCUGCUCCCCCGUCCAAGCCGGCAAGCCCAGCUGCUGCUCCGCCGUCCAAUUCUGCAAGCCCGGCUCCUGCUGCUCCACCGUCCAAGUCGGCGAGCCCAGCUCCUGCUGUUCCGCCGUCUAAGCCCGCAAGCCCGGCUCCUGCGCCGCCAGAAGCCGAUAGCCCGGCAUCUGUCCACCCUACAAUGCCUACUGCUCCUCCGGCAGACUCGCCUGCCUUGGAUACCAGCGCAGUGGGGGCGCCUAGACAUCUGCCUAACAAGCCAGCCGAAGCCCUGGGCGCAGCCCCGCCAUUAUCCGGUGCGCCAGCUGAAGACGCCAUGGAAAUUGAUUCUCAGCCAGUCCUCCCGCCUUCAAAAGCCGCUGGUAAGGACAAUGCUGACUCUGUCCUGGCCACCAUUCUCCCAGCUUCCUCCGCCAAAGAUACCGGCCCAGCGGCGCCAACUGCGGGCUCCGCUCCUGAAGCCGCCAUUUCUGCUGCGCCUCACCCUGACCCAGCCCUGAAUCUCCCCACUUCAUUGUCUCAACCUGCCACGAAGGCGCAACCUGAUGCAGCCUCCAGGGAUUCUUCCCUCACUCCGGAGCCCGACGCCAAUGACGCAAUGAAUCUUGACGAUGCUCCGGACCCAACUCCCGCUCCGCAGACUGAAUCAACCAAAGAAAAGGGCAAAUCAUCAAAGUCAAAAUCAAAGAAAGGCAAGGAUCCGAAUGCAAAGAGGACGCGCAGGGGGAAGAAGGAUAUGACUGAAGAGGAGAAGAAGGAAGCUGAGAGGAAGGCUGCGGAGCGGAAAAAGGCGAGGUUGGGGAGCAGCUACCUCGAAGUACCGCAACCGGGAGUCUUCAUGGAGAAGGUCUGGUCUCGUGACCGCUGCGCCGCUGCCCACGACACCCACAAUCAGAUGCAGAAGGACGCUCGAAACCCCAAGUGGGACUACGGCCCACCGCUCUUGACCUUGGUCCGAGAGAUGGUCGAUUGGGGGCAGCGGGACACCUUUCCGAGGGAAUGCUAUUUAGAGGAUAAGCUCUUUUCCGCUAGCCCUGAAGCCGUACUGGCCUUCAAAGUGAUCUUGGAAUCAGACUUCCAAUUGUGCUUGAGGCAGUGUCCCGCACUGAUUCAAGUUGCCGCCAACGAUCCGUUCUUCGACAGAGACGUCAUCCGCCUUGAGCUCAUCAAGCAGGCCCGUGAAUCAGACAAUGAGGUCAAGGCGGCGUCGUGGAAGAUACUGUAUCAGAUGAUGAUGCGUACCGACUCGACCUCCAAGUAUACUGAAGACAAAGAGACCCGGUCCUUGUUUUCGUCUGCUUUCCGGAAACUCCAUACGCUUGCCGAAUCCGCCUACAAACAGUUUCACCACUUUAUUCCCAUGCCCCGACCCAAGCAAACACCAAAUACCGACACCAUCCUCCUUGCCGGCACGUUUGUCAUCAGCAAGAUCAGAACGCUGGAAGCAUGUGCAAUCUCCUCCCUGCCUCCCUCCGAUGAGCCCCUCAAUCCGCCCAAUGCCGCCGCCGGUCCCGUGAAACCCCCACGUAAAUCAAACACACCAAACGGUCUUUUGUUCUUGCAGAAACGCGUGUGGGAGACGGUUCUUUGCUGCCUCAUGAUGGUCCACUCGAAGUGUAAAGCGAACUUGGCAGCCUCCAAAUCAAAGGAUUCAAAUUCGACUCGCCUUGAGAAGGAGUUGAUGAAAUUUGACCACAACCGGAGCUUGUACGACACUGGCGACCUUUCCACCACCGCCUCCCGCAAUGACAUCAAGCGCUGGAGCAAGAUGCGCCUCUCUGCUUUUGGCUCGAUGGCGGUCUUCUUCCUCUACGGUGCAGCCGGUUGGUGGCACGGCCUCACGGACUCGCACAACUACAACAAGCAGGACGUCUGGGCGCUCGUCCACCUCGCCCAUGCCAAACACGAAUGGCUUUACAAGUUAGGCCACUGUGGAAAACGACGCCAAGAAGACACGCCGUGGUACUGCCUUGACAGCUUUGUCAGAUGGCUCCUAGUGGAAUGCGGCUUCUGGUCUGAGGAGCCUGAAGAGGAGAACUAUGGAUUCAUUCCGCAAUUCUUGUCUACCGAAGUAAGCGAAUUGCGACUCUCACAAUUUGCGCUCCACGAUAUUUUGCACGAAGUUUGUCGCACUGGCACGAGUAAGUCUGCCAACUACAAUGGAUUCCCCGCUCCCGACGUGAAUUUAAGCCGUGAAGAUUGCGCUACCGCCGACCGGUUGCGAUCUCACAUCUCAUCCAAGUGGCACGCUACGGUUCUAGACUUUGAGACGGAGGGACACGCCACCAACGAUGAUCCCAAGAUCCACUCCAACUCCUCAUCUCCAAACCCUGCCAGCCGCCCAACGACCAAGAACAAUACGCCUCUGAAGGGCGGGCGGAAACUCAUUGCCGUGGUUGUUCCUGCUGAACAAGUUCGCGAAACCAAGAAGACGCGCGUGGACUUGGGGGAGGCCGAUGCCAAGGCGGACCAGGACGAAUUGGAUGCUGAUGUCUCCUCUUCUGAUGAAGAGUAG